UGCCCCAUCAUUGGUGUCAUUGGGAGGAAUAGUGCCCCAUCAUUGGUGUCAGUGGGAGGAAUAGUGCCCCAUCAUUGGUGUCAGUGGGGGAAUAGUGCCCCAUCAUUGGUAUCAGUGGGAGGAAUAGUGCCCCAUCAUUGGUGUCAGUGGGAGGAAUAG